GCUCCCCUCUCUUUCUCGUCCAAAGUGUGCUAUAUAAAGUACCGAGAACCUUCCAGUGUUGGUGUGGCGCAACAUCUUACCAACACUGUUUUUAUUGACAGAGCUCUCAUAGUAGUGCCAUGUGCGGAAGAUGACUAGACUGGCCCAGCCGUUACACUACACUAGCCUGAGUCAGGCAUUGUUUUCCAAGCCACUAUCCCCGAUCGGGCCAACGCAGCCUUCAAGGGGGGAAUGUGACCGGGAGAAUAGCCGCUGAACCUUCCAAGAUGGACACCUUGUCUCUUUUUAUUUAUUUUUCUUUUCUUUUUGGUUUGUUUCCUUUCAUACUUUCCCAUGUUGUCCACUCUCUGCUGUCUCUAUCUAGAAACUACAGUUAUUGCCUAUCUCUAGCGUUGUUUUUAUAUUUGUUAUUUUGGUUUGUUGUUUUGAUUUUUGUCCAACCCCCACCCCCCUCUCUCUCUCUGCUUCUACAGCUGCAACUUGUGUGUGAUUGAAUUCUGUCCAGGUUGCUACGGCAUACCGGUGGGAUGUGUAUCACACAUGGGGUGCUAUGAAGAUGACUAACACUUUACUCUCUUUGUCUCCUACUCUUGUUGAUACAGUUAGGGCCUAGUCAUGUUAUGUCAGAGAUUCAGUAACAAAACCCUGCUCUCAUUUGGGCAAAGUAGCUUGUAAAUUCUACUUACAGUUGCAUCAGUGCUAAAGCCCUUAGUCCUUAGUGUUUAAGAGUUUCCCCUCACAUUCUUGCACUGCCGCUUUGAUGUGGAGUUUUAGAAUUUAGCUGAACCACACCCUUACAAAAACAUUCAUUAAACCCCAUUCUUUUGACUUGGAAAGCUGUGACACCGACAUUGAUGCUUUGCGUUAUUUGUUUGGAAAUGUAUUAUUUCCUCGGAAGUGUCUAGGAAACAGUAGACCUGUUGUCUUAGAGAUAUUGUAAUUCAUACUUAGUGCCGCCAGCUCAGGUGAAGUGAAGCUGUAGUUACUGUAGCUCUGCUGGUGUCUCGUCAUAUAAAUGUUAGAAGUAAGACCACUCAAAGUGCCAAGCUCUCCUCUUAACCUCCCCUUCCUCUGCCACCAAGAAAGCAGCACAUUUAACCAGGAUUGAGAUGAGACAGAUUCCUAAUUCGUUGUGUUUUGGCUAAGUCUUGGUUAACAUUUCCUACAGUUCUUAAAAUUGUUGUUCUUUUCUGUAUUUGAUGUCCUGUGUGCUAUUAGUGAUGCAGCCAUUGGGGUUGUCUUGUGUUGCACACCUUUCCAACACUGCGAAACGGUCGCCCCACGGAAAAGCGCCCAUGCUUGAUAUCGUAUGGUUCAUGACCAAUAUGUUUCCAGUACAGGGAAGAUCCCCGAGGAGGCCAAGGCCUUGUCGCUUUUGGCACCUGCCGCCCCAGUGCCCAAUCUGAUUCCUGGUGGGGGACUGCUACCUAUUCCUACUCCAGCACCUAUUCAGAAUCAGCUGAACCUUCCCUUAAUGAAUCGGGUGUCAGCGAGCCUGGACCCCUCGGCGUCAGUGCACUCCCAGCCCCCCCUCAUGGGCAACGUGGAUCCCUCUAAAAUCGAUGAGAUCAGAAGGACCGUCUACGUUGGCAACCUCAAUUCACAGACCACCACCGCAGAGCAGCUGCUGGAGUUCUUCAAGCAGGUGGGAGACGUGAAGUUUGUGCGGAUGGCCGGAGAUGAGACUCAGCCUACACGCUUUGCCUUCGUCGAGUUUGUCGACCAGGAGUCUGUCGCGCGAGCUCUGACCUUCAAUGGAGUCAUGUUUGGAGACAGACCCCUGAAGAUUAAUCAUUCCAACAAUGCCAUAGUAAAGCCCCCAGAGUUGACGCCGCAGGCUGCUGCCAAGGAGUUGGAGAACGUGAUGAAGAGGGUGAGGGAAGCCCAGUCCACCAUCGCAGCUGCUAUAGAACCAGCCGAUGCAAAGAAGCGCUCGUCUAGUCGCUCGAGGAGAUCUCGGCGGUCUCGCUCACGGUCCCGGUCCCGCUCACACUCGCGAACACGCAGGAAAAGAUCCCGUUCAAAACACAGGAGCAGAUUGUCUCAGAAGUUGUGGUCGAGGAGCGGCGACUCCCACAGUUCACGAGGCAGCCACAGGAGGGGCUCUCGCUCCAGAGACAGCAGACGCAGCCACAGUCGCUCCAGGGGCCACAGGAGGAGGAGCAGGGAUCAGUCCAGGAGCCCUCGGAGGAAAGCCAGGUCACCCUCACCAAAGAGGGGCAAGAAAGACAAGAGGAGGGAGCGCAGCAGGGACAGAAAGGAACGAUCCACAUCGAGGAAGAAGAGCCGGAAAGAUGAGGAGAGGAUGAACCGCAAAACCAAGCCCACAAAGGUGGAAAGGGACUACGACAGGGAAGAAAAGGAAGACUAUGAGAGUGACAGAGAAGACUCAGCCACACCCAGCGAGGACAUGACAUCAUCACCCUGUGCCCAGCACAACGGCAGCUACAAGACCCACACUGAGGAGGACAUGGGUGCAGAUGGCACCAAGUGACUUGCUGGGACACCACAGAAAAAAAGUCCUGUUCUUUUAGAUCUCCUAACACUCAGUACGUAUACAAACACACACACACACACACACAUACACACUCAGUCAGGCACCUCAGUGUGUUUUCACCAUCAGCCCCUUCCUUCUUUUUAACAACUUGAUCUUUCAGUUCCCAUUCAUACAGUACACGACAUGGUAAAUUUGCCUACAUGGACCCCAUUGCUGAACUCUGUUUUUACUGUUGCAUCUGAACGGCAAACGAGCACGUGGCGAUGAAGGUCCCACCUGUCCCAUGCUCAGUCUCGCAACACGACAUCAGUGGACAGAGCUGCUGCUGUUCAGUUCUUACAUUGACAGUGGAAAGUUUUGUCUUCAGUAACACUGCAAAAGCAGUACUUAUGACAUUUGUCCCACUGACGACAGCUUCACCUCAUCGUUCAGAUAUUAUUCACCCUGUCAAAUGUUCACCUUUCAAAAUUAAGACCUUUCACCCACACUAACACAGCACAGUUUUUACUGUUGUGCAGAAUGUGUUGGGGCUUCAAUUCCACAUCUACAAGUUGCACCACAAGCCACACACAAACAAUGCACUAAAGUUAUUCCCAUUCCACAAGUCAAGUCAGAUUUGAGUUGUAAACAGAUAUUUAAAUGAAUAUUAAAGUUACUAUGUGCAAUAUUUUUUAUUUUAAUCACUCAUGAAACUUUGUUGAUCUCACCCAGAGAUGGGUGAGAUGGGUGUGAUCUCACCCAGAAAAACUGUUAGGUUUCCACCUUUUAAUCAUGUCAAGUAACGAGGUAGUAGCUUAUUUUAAGUGGGACAGUGUACAACAUUGUCUGUACAUUGGCUUUUAGACAAAUAGAAAUUAUUUUUUUAUGUGACUGAGUUGAGUGCUAUCUCCUUAAAAAGAGCGAUGUCAAAUGACCUAAAUGUCUGUCUGUGGUACAGUCUGACAGUCUGACAGCUGAUGUCAGAGUUGCACCAACUGGGACCUUCAUCACUUUAGCCAAACAGCUGGGAUAAGCCACCAUAUUGUUGUCUGUGCUAGAACUGUUAACUAAGCUGUUGAUGUAAAACGCAUUAAACAUCAGCAAGGUGAUGAUCCGCGCUUUGUAAACAUGGUGACAUUAGUUAGAUGAACUCAUGCUGUUUUUUCCAGUAAAGGCAACCAAAGCAUCAGCUGAGAUACCACAUGAUAUUGUAACGUUACUAAAAUAUUGUACAUAGUAACUUUAAAUGAGGUUUCAAUAAAUGCAUCUCUUGCUGUUUAUUUUUUUUAUUAUUAUUAUUUCAGUCAAAAUUGCAUUUGUGGAUAAUGAGAUGUGUGUUUCUCCCUGCGUUUAGUUGUCUGUUUUUGUCUCUUUUGUUUUAUGUUUGAAGAAGUGGUAAAAUUAAGCCUACACCACGAGAGUCAAGUACCACUGUUGUAAUGAAAAAUAAACAGGCAAUAGGCAUAUGUUCACUUUUCAAAGAAACUUGCAGAACGCAAUUAAGGCUACUGAAACACAACAAAUGUUGCCUUAAAUUUCUUAUUAAAAAACAAAAAACACAAACAUUUGUUGACUUGUCUUGGCAUGCUUGCACCCUCAUCAUCACCGUCAGCCUCGUCCCCCACCCAGACCUCCAGCAGUCAACAUCUUUCUGUAUUAUAAUGAAAUGAAAUACAGUUUUACAGACGACGGCUCUGUAAAGAACUUGGACUUGUACUUCAGUCUGGGGUUUCCCAGCAUGGGAUGCAGGUGUUUUGUGGUCAGCUAUGUUGCAGUCCAUCAGUAGAGUCAUAACAUUGCAACAUAAUUAUGCAUUAAGCAGAUAUUUGUCAGCACAGCAGGUGAUACCGCAUUCCACAUUUGGUCAUUGAAAUGGACACUGCCUGUAAAAUACAGUGAUAUACUGUAAAGAUGCUGUUAUGACCAGUGUGAAUUACACAGUUUACCGAACAUACUCACUAAUCAUCGCUGCUUCUUUCCUGGACAUUAUUCUACAUACUAUAAUUUUACCCAGAGACGAGACAUUUGAUACCCAAAACCACAGAGGUGAAAAUGGUUUGGAGCAUCUUGUCUCUAGUCUGGGUAAGUCAAAAAAAUUUUUUGGAGUAUUCCUUUAACAUACAUGGUAACACCUCGUGGUAUGUAAGUUGUGUUGACAAUGGACAGAUCACCUCAUCUUAAAACUUAGGACAGCUGCUUUAGUAUCUUGUGCUUAGCCAGCCCGACCAGUUUGGCUCCUUGUGGUAGUUGUGCCCAGUGGUGAGCACAUGGCGAUACAGGACUGUAGCAGUUAGCCAAACUCUGCACUGACACACCUCGAUGGAGAGCAGGCUGACCAUUUUCAAAUAGCCUGGCACACUGCUGUUAGUGGUGGAUGAGCUUUACUGCAAAUAACACUUUUUUUUUUUUUUUUUAUUAAUGUGCAUAGAUUGGAUCGACAUGUUAUGAAACAACCUUUACACCUCUAAAAUCACCUGACUAGUAGACCCUAAAUUUUGUGCGGGGAUGAAUGAAAUGUAAUAAUAUCCUUUGGAUGUUAUUGUGGGAAAACCUGAGCUGGGGGUCUGUGAAAAGAUAUGUUCCUCAUGUUCUGUGUUUCAUCAGUUCUCAUCAUCCAAAGUUACCUACAUUUUAAUUUCAUGACUUGAAGUGCUGUAAUUAUGAGAACGCAAACCCAUAUUAUAUUUCUGUGAGCCUGUCUCUAAUAAUAUAAAAAAUAAAUAACAAACAUAAUAAGGUUUUAUUUUACGUGGGUAUUUUGAUUUCUCCCAUUUGUACAACAAAAUCGCUUUAUUUUAUGGAUACACGUUUCCAUGUUAAGCCUUUUUGUAUUUUGGUUAAUGCUUGUUGCAAAAAGAUCACAUUCAGUGUACCACGUUCCUUUUCCUGUUGAUGUAGUGCCGUGAGACAAAAUCUAUUUACUGUUUGUUAGAUAUAAUACAGGCCUAUACUGUAAAAUUGUGGUAGUGUGCAGAAUAUCUGUGGUCAGCUAAAAUCACUCAAGGCAGCGUGACAGCUAACAAAGCUCACAAUGCCAGUCUAGAAGAGGCUGAACAUUAUAUAUUUCACAGUUCAGCGAAUUGCUUGCAAGCACAGACAAGUCAAAAAGUGCCUAGACUAAGAUUGUACAAAAGAAGAAAAUAUAUGGAGACUUAUUGACAGAUGCAGCCUGAAUUUAUGAGAUGUUGAAUGGCUCAAACUACUAAGAAGUUAUAUUGAAGUAUGCCGAGUUCUCUUGUCUUCAGCCGUUAAUAGCAGAAUAGAGAUUGAGCAUUCAGUUUUGUGGAAAUUUUGUUUUAACAUUUUUUUCAGCUUGUCAGCGUUUUCUGUCAUUCUGAGUGUUGAUAAAGCCAGUAUUGAGUAAAAAAAAAAAAAAAAAAAAAAAAAAAAAACUAUCUUGAGUCUGGCUCCAGAUUGAUCACAGUGUUUUUAGUUUCUGUCAAAGCUUGAUGUGUUUUAGAAACUUUAGUUUCAGUAAAGAGUUUUAGAAUUAAUCAUCUUCUCAGCCAGUUUCCACUUAGACGGCUUUAACAGAUCACGUUUUUGAUUAAAAGCGUGUGCAAGGCCUUGGUUUGGAGUGGUAAUAUAUCUUGUGUAAUGUAUGGCAAAAGGCAUUUCCAACAGUCAACAGACAUCUUUAUUAAUAUGUAUGUGAAGAAUUUUUAUUUUUUUAUAUCCAUGUAUUCAUACUGUAGAGACUAUGUUGGCACACUCCUGAAGGGGUGGGCUCCUCAUCUGCAUUUGAGACUUGAUGUAAAAGUUUGGUAUUUUUUUUUUUUUUUUUUUAAAGAGGUUGUAUCUUUAACAAAACAUUGUUGAUCUCAUAAUACGUUCCCAAAAAGAUACUAAAUAAAGAGACUUUUCAUUCA